AUGGCAGCUCAUGCGUUAUGGCGCAAAAUCAUUACCCAGAACGAUGAGAAUCCUUUCAGCCAAGCACCAAACCUCCAGGCCGCCCUCAUUCUAGACUGCGCGGUAGAUGAGUCACAAAGGUGGGCUGACAUGGUGGCCUUUCUUCGCUCUCUUUCCGACAUGGAAGUUCAUGUGGCUCAACACCUAUCCAAUCUCAAACGCUCCGGAACACCGACAACAUGUAUCGUCGCCGAUGUAUUCCUCAGGUGGGCGGUUCCUUUUGCAAAAACACACGCUCUCCACUCUGUUUCGCUGUGUCCAAUGUCUGUCACAAACUUUUCCAUCUUUUAUCAUUUAAACUUAGGGUUAGAAGGGUGGAAAGAUUAUAUUGCUGAGUCGCCUCCGCUACAACUGACGGACAUUCCGGCCCGUCUAAUCGAUCCGUCUCGUUUGGGCAACGAAAUAGUAGAGUGUUUUGCUAAUGUGAGGAGAGCAGAUUCGAUUGUAGCGAGUUCUUUUUACGCCUUGGAUUGCAAAGCAGUGGAGACACAACGCCACAAAACACCCGUGCAUUUGAAUGGCUGGAUUCCAAACUCCUUCGGCAGUGUCCAUAAUGCGGCGAGACCUCAGGUAAAGGAAAUAGCUGCUGGUCUCUUUAAGAGUGGGUGCUAUUUUGUGUGGGCACUUCGUUUAGAUAACGAUGCGAGUCAUUUCUCGGAGAUGUUGCCCACUGAAUUUAUAGACGAAUGUGAAGGGCAGGGUUUAAUUGCAGCCUGGUUUGGACAGGCGGAGAUUCGGAAACAUCCUGCGGUGGGAGGGUUUUAA